AUGGCGGCGUAUGACACGUCACUAGGGCGGCGAGGGAUACUGGAGGAAGGGGGACAACAGCCAAGUGGACCCGUUCCGCUCUCCACGUCAGCAGGCUCGCCGCCACGUGGACCCAUUCCGCUGUCCACGUCAGCAGGCUCGCCGCCACGCGGCGCUGUAGGAGGGUCACCCCCACGCGCCACCGCUGGUCGCCCCGCGAGUCGCCCCGCAAGUCGCCCCGCGGCUCGUUCGGAGAAGCUGGCGGAGAUGGGCGGCGGGCUGGGCGGCGAGACUCGGAUCUUUGCGCGCGGGCAGACCAUCUUCUGGCGGCUGCUACAGCUGGCGACGGCUAUCAUUGCGCUGGCUGUCAUGACUGCUUCCAGUGCCAAUGGCAUGUACUUCCAAUACUACCAGCUCAUCUGCAUGCUGACGCCCAUGGUAGCACGGCCGCCUGCACCACACCACAACACCAUCCCCACUGCCUCCGCUUCACCUCGUCCCCCUUCCUCCUCUACCUCCCCCCCGACUUCCCUCCUCCCUCCUCCCCCUUCAGGCGGUCAUCUCAAUUGUCCGGCCAUGACAGGGGUGACAGGUCAAGCGUUCAUCUCAAUCGUCACAGCCAUGGCAGCAGUGGGUGGCUGGCAGGGGUGUGCGUUCAUAUUCAUGGUGGCGGCAAUGACAGCGGUGGCAGCGUGGUGCCUCGCCCAUCUGCUGCACUCCAUUGGUCGCCUCAUGACCCGCAAGUGGCGCAUCACUCUCUUCGCGCUCCUCGACUUCGUCAGUGCCCUGCCUGCCGCCCUUCCCCCUCGCUCCAUAAUAAAAUGCACACAUGAUGAACUUGAAGCACUAAUGCCCCGCAAGUGGCGCAUCUCUCUCUUUGCCCUCCUCGACUUCGUCAGUGCCGGCUCUCCCUUCCCCUCGCCCUACACUCGUGGCAUGGAUUGCUCUGGUUGGCGCCUCUGCUGCAGCGAGCUCGUGGCAUGGAUCGCUCUGGCCGGUGCCUCUGCUGCAGCGGGUCUCACCAGCUUUGCCGACAAGGGAUCAGGGAUGGUGCAGCCAGGGUACUGCCAGAUGGGGCUGUUCUCCAGCUUCUGUGCGCGCACCAAGGCUGCCACGGCAAUGGCAUUCAUCACCUUUUUCGUCCUCAUCCCCUCCCUCAUUGCCUCUGCCACGCGAGCCGUUGUCAGCUGGUUCGAGGACUAG